GUGGUAGGUGCUGCUCUUGUCAUUGGAGGCCUCUAUCUUCUGCUCUGGGGGAAGAGCAAGGAAGCAUCGUCAGCUGCCAUUUUAUCAGAGAAAGGACUCGAAGAAGAUAAGGAGACACAGGAAAAUUUGUGAAGUAUAGAAAGGGCAUUCUUACUAGUUAGUGGGGAUGUCAAGAAUGACCCUAAAUGUUCCAACUAUCUGCCCUGGCCCAUGCUCUAUGAGUGGAAGCCGGUGAUGGGAAUGCUGGCCUUCGACCUCAUCUCUGCUGUGAUGACGGCGCUGGUGAAGAAGGCUCUGGAGCAAGGUCUGAACCGCCUGGUCCUCGUUACCCUCCGGCAGCUGGUCGCAACCAUCUUCCUUGCCCCGAUAGCCUUUUUCAAAGAACGGAGCACGAGGCCCAAGCUCACAUUGGAGAUCCUGGCGUACCUCUUCUUCAGCGCCGUGUUUGGCGCGGCGCUCUCGCAGUACACCUUCUUCUACGGCCUGCAGUACACCACCGCCACCUUCGCCAUAACCUUCAUCAACCUCUCCCCUGUGCUCACCUUCCUCAUCGCCGUCGUGAUGAGGAUGGAACCGCUGAAGUUGAAGAGCAUGGCGGGAGCCGCAAAGAUCACCGGAACACUCACGUCGCUGGCCGGCUUGCUGCUGCUGAGUCUCUACAAGGGAGUGCCGCUGACGCACCAGGCCGCCGCUGCACCUAGCCCAGCUGCUUCUCACCAUGCAGCACCCUCUGACAGCAGUGGCAACAGGAGCUGGAUGCUGGGAACCAUGGCGUUGCUGUUCAACUGCCUGUGCUUCUCCUUCUGGCUGCUGCUGCAGACAAAGCUGACCAAGAAGUACCCAGCCAUCUAUUCAAGCACCGCCAUCAUGUUCUUCAUCAGCACGCUGCAGGGCGGGGCGGUGACGUUGGCGAUGGAGAGACACGUGUCGUCGUGGAUGCUGACCAGCAAGCUGGAGAUCGUUACCGUCUUGUAUGCAGGGAUAGUCGGAUCUGGAGCCGGGUACCUGAUAAUGACGUGGUGCGUCGAGAAGAAGGGCCCGGUCUUCACCGCAGCCUUCAUCCCCAUGAUGCAGAUCAUGGUAGCCAUCAUCGAUUUCUUCUUCCUCCAUGAACAAAUCUACCUUGGAAGCGUGCUAGGAUCUGUACUGAUGAUACUGGGGCUCUAUCUUGUGCUGUGGGGAAAGAAGAGGGAUGAAGCAGCUACUACCACUAACAAGCAAGUCGGCGAACAAGCUGACGACAAGCCGUGAAACUCUAGAGAUUAUACACCAUUGGAUUCGGUCAUCGCAAUGCAACACAUAAUAUGUAGUUUUUCUUCCCAUUUUACUUGACUGCUGGAUGCAGCUAGCUACAUACUCCCUCCGUCCCAAAAUAUAAGAACGCUUUUAACACUACACUAGUGUCAAAAACGUUCUUAUAUUUUGGGACGGAGGGAGUAUGUUAUAUAUAAGGUUGUUCCUAGCUGGUACUGUUGACAUAUGUCCAUGCUACUGAAAUAGUGGGAUUUAGUAAAUGAGCAGAGAGCUCAUUUAGCAUGCAGCUGCCAAUGCUCUUCGGUAGCUGCAUAUGGGAAAAUUAUAUGCGAUCACGGGUCGAAUGGUACUUCUUCCUUCUCAAGAACUUUGUUAUUUUGGACAUUCUCUUUUCCUGGUACCGAUGCCUUGCAAUUUCGUUGGCAUUUCAUCGAAAAAUUCUCGGCGAUCUUAAUUUGCCUAUGAUUUCUUG